GUCAAAUAGCACAGUCAAGUUUCGAGGCAGAAAGCCAAUGAGAGGAUAGCAGGCAAGUGACGCGGGCAGGUUGCCUGAAUCCCGUGGAAGAUCUGCUAGUUUGGGAUUGGCGUGGACGCUCACAGACGGGCAUGGACCAUCAUCGACCUUGAGUCGGCUUAGAAAUCAACCACAGUCCAAAGCGCAUCUGGACAUCGCGGACCCGCGAUUGACGGUUUGCCACACCCGAACCUGGUUGUUCGAGGGGUUUUGCUCCACUCACAGCAGAGAUACGGUACCCAGCUCUGGCCUUAAGCUUCUGCUGGCUUCUAGUACUGGGGCCCACCUGACACCCUCAUCAAAGUGACUGAGAAUUUCAAAGACGUGGGCGGCCGAAAGGUGAGAGUGGUCUCUGCCCUGAUCUCGCAUCGCCACAACCAUCCUUUUAGUGUCUCGAUGAUAGAUUUUUCUAGGGCAAGGGCUGCAAUGGUGGGGUCUGGAAGUUGAGAAGAAGUUGUUAUUGGGGUUCUCCCGUAUGUAGAGCAAAGGGUUAAGGCAUUGAGGGCAAUUGCUGGCGGGGGAGCACGGCCUCUUGGCAGGGUCCGGCCAGCCUCCAUGCCUAGGAGAACACAUUAAUUCGCAUGCAAGAUUACUACCGCGGGCGCCGAGGUGCCCGGGGCUCACAGCCGUCUUUUACCUGUGCAGAAGCCUAUGGCCCCAGGACCCCUCCAGUCCUGCCGUUUCUUCCCUCCACCCUUUCUUGAGCCCCCCCCAGAACUGCGGCAUUCCCUCUCAGCCUCUGAUUCAUCUUUCCUUCGUCCCUCUGACCUCAUUAUUGCCUGUCUUCCAUUCUCACAUCUUCCUCCCUAUCACCACCACACCAAGCUCUCCAGCAGAUUCCCCUCUCGCUCAUGACCUCUCCUGGACUGUGGCUCAUCAUUGAGAAAGUUUGAACCAAUCACAAGUGGCCCUGCUUCUGAUACCUGUGUUCGACCACCCUCACCCACCCAGGCUUCACUACAUUCCUCACCCGACUGUUCCCCCCACUCCAAUCUUCUCCUCUAUUCACUUUCUCACCUCUGUCCUACGACUUUCGUUUUCCUAAACUCCAUUUCUUCCCUCCUGCUACGUCAAGGCCCUUCUCUGAGGCCUCUCGAUACUGCUCUGCAGUGGAAAGAGGCAGACUUGCGUCAUUGUUAUCAUUCUAGUCGUGGUGCUUCAAUAAUAUUCCCACCACCACCGAACCGCCUUAUCCGCCUAUUGUGGUCAACCCAACAACCACACAACACCCUUCGAACGAUACCCUAUGUCGCUUCAAACUACAGACGACUUCUUCCUUCCCCCAGAUCAACAAGAUUUAUUGAUCGCCGCAUUGAAUUCGAAUAAACCCCUCAACAACAAAUCAGGUUCCAACACCGCCAAAACCACCCCUCAACCAUCACUAUUCACGCCCAACAUGUCCAGUGCACCAGAUUCAGGACAUCUCGAUUUUUCGGACGAAAGUCCUUUUCUUGACUUUGACCCAGAGGGUGAUUUCGAUGACUCGUUUACCUUUGAUGGCUCAUCUCGGAUGAUUGGCGACAUCCCUGGCGAUCUCCAUGACAAGAGGAAGAGCAUCGGCGGUGAUGAUGACGACGAGGAAGAAGGAGGUGGAAAGAGACGCGAAGGAGAAGAUAAAACCGCCAAAAAGCCGGGUCGAAAACCCUUGACAUCAGAACCCACAACUAAACGCAAAGCACAGAAUCGUGCUGCGCAACGAGCAUUCCGCGAGCGCAAGGAAAAGCAUCUUAAAGAUCUAGAAACCAAGGUUGAAGACCUUGAAAAGUCGUCCGAAUCGGCCAAUCAUGAAAAUGGUCUCCUCCGUGCGCAAGUAGAACGACUACAGGUCGAGCUCAAAGAGUACCGGAAGCGACUUUCCUGGGUCAGCAGCAAUGGCUUGAAUAGAUCACAAUUCAGCCCCCAGAAUCAAAAUCGUCUUUCGUCUGUAAACGGCCAAAACGACUUCCAGUUCGAAUUCCCCAAGUUUGGUGAUCUGCCCUCUUUGCAGGGGGCCAACAAGCUCAAUGACACCAAAGACCCAAGUCGGCAAAAGAGCAAUGGAAACUUGCAGGGCAGCAAUUCUUCUUCUCCUGCGGCACCUGCGCUCCAAAACGCUAAUGCCACCCGGUCGAAUUCCACAACGUCCCAGCGCAAUUCGAGUGCCAGAUUGGGGUCUGUAAGCCAGUCACCUGUCAUGAACAACAACAUCUCAGCCUCGCCCUCCCCAAUGAACAGACAGAAUAACAGUGGAAGCGUGGACAGUUUGACCGGACUCUUCAGUCCCUCUGUCCUUGAAGCUAGUCGGCAUGCCUCACUGGGAAAUUAUUUCCCACAAAGUGCACAGCCAGGUUUCAACAACGUCUCUCAGCCCGCGCGGACUAUUUUGGAUGGUAACACUACCAGCAGAGUGACGGGAGUCUAUUCCAACUCGACCGCCUCCACAUCGGACUCGCCAGGAUCAUCUGCAGAGUCUCACAAUGCGAUCUCGUCCAUUGGCACAUCUCCUGAGCCAAGCUUGAAUUCACCCGCUAAUAAGUUGACCGAAUUCAACCUGAACCCUAUCUCUGAGGAGAACCAGUAUAAUUUCGGAGGUAAGGAACACCUCUGCAGAGAGAUCUCACAAGCCUGCGGCUGCAUUGACGAUCCAAUACCUCCAAUGUGGAAGAUGUCUAACGCUAUACCCUCAGGCUUCAACGCCGACGGCGGACUUGACGGCAAUGGAUUCAACUGGCUUGCUCAACAGAACAACAACACCUUUGAUCCAAUACUGUUUGGAGAUUAUCGCGAGACCCAGGACAAUAUCUUAUCACAAGAUUUUGGAUCCUUCUUCAAUGAUGCCUAUCCUCUUCCCGAUCUUGGCAGUCCUCUUCAUAACUACAACGACGUCACAACGGAGACGCCCUUCAAAAACGACCUGAUCAAACAGGUCGAUCUUGCCAAGGACAGCGAACAGGUGGUACCGGACACGGACAAGCCCAUGAGCUGCAACAAGAUCUGGUAUGUGACUGACUAUGCAGAAGAAAGCGGAAACGAUACUAACAUUGGAUAACAGGGACCGACUCCAGUCCAUGGAAAAGUUCAGAAACGGCGAGAUUGAUAUUGACAACCUCUGUAGCGAGCUCCGCGCCAAAGCCAAGUGCUCUGAAGGCGGUGCCGUGGUUGACAAGAAGGACGUGGAUAAGAUUUUGGGAUCGACAAGAUAGCACAUGCGUGGCUAGAUUGGUUGCAAAAUUGCAAAAUGAGGACCAGGCAAGGGACAUAGUUUGAACAGGAACAGGAUCUGGUCAUCAUCGUUGGUACUAUACCAGGAUGCAUAAGCUGGUGUGUCCCAAGGGAAUAAGCAACAGGCGAACGAGGGGAACGUCGAUGUAUUCGAUGGGUCAUGUCAUGAUACAACACGCAAAAUUAUUGUUUUGGGGGGUUGCAGAAGUACUUACCUUAUAGUCAGGUGUAUGAUAUUAAAGUUCUCACUAGA